AUGGGCCCUGAAUUCUACAACAACAUGGAGGCAGUCAACAAUGCUAUCGGCGCUGAGGACGACAAGGCAUGGAUGUACAACAAUCCCAACGCCCCAGCCAACGCUGUUGGAGUCGAAGACGCGAAGAUCGCAAUCUACAACAACACCUUCACCCCCAGCAACUGUGUGGGAGGAAGCGAGCAAGGAUGCAGCCCCUUCGCUGUGGCCCCCCGUGCCAUGUUCAUGUAG